CCGACGGGCGUGCCAGAGAAGCACUGACCGGCAAGAUAACGGUACUGCGUGCUAUUGAGCUACUGCAGCAAGCCAGAAGAGGAUGUGGAGACUAGACGGAGGAAAUCAAAUAUAAUCAACACCGCGGCAAGGACGUUUGUGAGUAGUCUGAUAGGGGAAUGAAAUAAAAAGUAAAACACAGCUGACUUAGACUAUAACCUGUCAGAAAUCGAACGCACUACUGAUUGAUUGACUAAAGAUGCAGCAUUUGUUGAAUUAUUAAUCUCUGAGAAUCAUCAUACCACACUUGUUCCGGGCAGAAGGGAGGUUUAAUAAUUUCGAAUAGCAUAGAAUAGCAUAGAUAUUGUCUGCAGGACGUUAUGUAGCCUAGCAAGCACCGAGUGAUUUUUUUGGGGGAAAACAUCGUGUCCUCAUCCUCCUCCAUCGCGCCGGAACCGAACCGAACCUUCAUGGAGCCUGGAACACAGUGACCAUCUUUGCCUGGCACGGGACUGACUCGUUGGGGACCAUCUCUUGUUGCUGGAUCUGCUGUUUCAUUGUAAAGGGAUGAACUGAGCAGUGCACUUCAUAAAUGGGAACGGAGUGCUCUAUUGUUGGUCAAGUCAACACUCAAGAAAAAUCUGUUAGUAUGGCUGAGAGGACGUUGGAGACGUCUGUCUCUGUCAGCAUCCCGAUGGAGGAGACCAAACUCCCUGGGGGUGGGGUUGUGCCCACAGAGGCCCCGCUGCUCACCCACCUAAAGAAAGUGGAGAACCACAUUACGGAGGCCCAGCGGUUCUCCCACCUGCCCCGGCGCUCUGCUGUGGACAUAGAGUUCACUGAGCUGUCGUACACCAUCAGAGAGGGGCCCUGCUGGAGGAGGAGAGGUUACAAGGCCCUGUUAAAGUGUCUGUCAGGAAGGUUCUGUAGCAGGGAGCUCAUCGGCAUCAUGGGGCCGUCAGGGGCCGGGAAGUCCACUCUGAUGAACAUCCUGGCUGGGUACAGAGAGACGGGGAUGAAGGGUCAGAUCCUGGUGAACGGGCGGCCGAGGGAUUUGCGUAGCUUCAGGAAGAUGUCAUGUUACAUCAUGCAGGACGAUAUGCUUCUGCCAAACCUCACCACGCGGGAGGCCAUGAUGGUGGCUGCCAAUCUGAAGAUGAAAGAGAGCAUGCAAGUGAAAAAGGAAUUGGUGGAUGAGAUCCUGACGGCCCUGGGGCUGCAGGAGUGUGCCCAGACCCGUACUAUCUCUUUGUCUGGGGGGCAGUGCAAGAGACUGGCCAUCGCCCAGGAGCUGGUCAACAAUCCCCCUGUCAUGUUCUUUGAUGAGCCUACCAGUGGUCUGGAUAGUGCAUCCUGUUUCCAGGUGGUCUCUCUCAUGAAGUCCCUGGCUCAGGGAGGAAGGACAAUCAUCUGCACCAUCCACCAGCCCAGCGCCAAGCUCUUUGAGAUGUUUGAUAAGCUGUACAUCCUCAGUCAGGGCCAGUGUAUAUACCAUGGGACAGUCCCGUACCUCAUCCCUUACCUGAAGAACCUGGGCCUUCACUGUCCUACCUACCACAACCCUGCAGACUUCAUCAUUGAGGUGGCCUCUGGGGAGUAUGGGGACCUGAACUCGGUGCUGUUUGAGGCUGUGCAGGGAGGACUCUGCUCAGAGGAGGGCAAGAAGAACUCCAGUGACAAGAGUGACCCAGCCUCUUCUGACCACUCUAACAGUCACAGUGAUACGCAGUACACAGGAACGAUGGAGAAACACAGCUUUGCCACCAGUACCUGGUCACAGUUCUGCGUUUUGUUCAGAAGAACACUAUUAACGAUAUGCAGGGACACGGUGUUGACCCACCUCAGAGUGAUGUCCCACAUAUGUAUAGGAAUUCUGAUCGGUCUGCUCUAUCUCAACAUUGGCAAUGACGCCAGCAAGGUCUUCAACAACACUGGCUUCCUCUUCUUCUCCAUGCUCUUCCUCAUGUUCGCUGCCCUGAUGCCCACCGUCCUCACCUUUCCUCUGGAGAUGUCAGUGUUUCUGAGGGAACAUCUCAACUACUGGUACAGCCUGAAGGCCUACUUCCUGGCCAAAACCAUGGCGGACAUACCCUUCCAGGUGAUCUGUCCCAUCAUGUACUGCAGUAUAGUGUACUGGAUGACAGAGCAGCCUCCUGAGGCAGUGCGGUACCUGCUCUUCAUGGCCUUGUCCACCUCUACAGCCCUGGUAGCCCAGUCCCUAGGCCUCCUCAUUGGGGCCGCCUCCACCUCCUUACAGGUGGCGACCUUCGUGGGCCCAGUCACAGCCAUCCCAGUACUCCUGUUCUCUGGAUUCUUUGUCAACUUUGACACCAUCCCCAAGUACUUGCAAUGGAGCUCCUAUGUGUCCUAUGUCAGGUAUGGCUUUGAGGGGGUGAUCCUGUCCAUCUAUGGGAUGAAUCGUUCGGAGCUGGAGUGUCCAGGGGUGGUGUGUAAGUUCCAGAAACCUGAGGAGGUUCUACAGCUACUGGAUGUGGAGGAUGCUAAGCUCUACGUGGACUUCCUGGUUCUGGGUGUGUUCUUCCUAGUCCUCAGACUGGCUACAUACCUGGUGCUCAAAUACAAAGUCAUAGCAGAGCGAUAAGACCAAGAGUACAAGUCAUUUUUUGUGCAAGGUUUUAUCUUUUUAUUAAAAAAAGGACAAUAACUUAAUAAGACCACAAAUUAUAGUUUCCCCUCCCUUACUAUAACAGUCAUUUUAGUUUAAUAUGUCCUUACAGUAAUCCAAUUUGUUUACAGUAUUUAACCUUUAUUAUCCAACAAUACUGUGUAAAAGCACUAUACACAAACAAACAGAUACCCAAUAUAGUAACUACAGUAUAAAGCAUGUGUCCUUAUGGAAUGAAGAGGAGAUGUACAGUAGCUGGUGGGGGACAAUCCCAGCAGCCCACACUGCACUGCAUCCAAGAGCUCAACUCCUGUCCUAUUUACCAAGGUUAAGGAUCCACAAACCUCUUGGUCCAAGAUGGGACAGGACUGUGUCAAUUUGUUUCCACCCGGAAGGCUAAACCUGACUUACAAAUCUCCUGUCCCUAUACAUUCCCACUGAAACCCAAAGACAUCCCAAAGGACAACUGCAUAAACACUGUGCCCGGACAAAAAGGUUGAAAUAUGGACGUGGUGAACAUGAGAAGAGGACUCUUCAGGGCUGGGGGAGGUCUGGGCUAAAGAAACUUCUCCGAAGAUGUCUCUCCCUCUCCUUUGGCUGUUUGCAAUGACGUUCGUGUUACUGCAUUGGUCUUGGAACUGAGGCCCACUGGAUCACAGAAUUGGUCUUGGAACAGAGUCCCAGGGAUUUCACAUCACUGGACAGUGUUCUCUCUAAAAGAGUAUACACCAGACAUGGCAGAAAGACAGCCAGAGGAUCCACAACAAUAUGUCAUAAUUUGUCUCCAUUUCCUGUCAUAGUCUUCCCAGGAUCUUUUGGGUGAGCCCACCACCCUGACUAUUCUGGAUGUGGACCACAGAAUAUGGCAGGUUUCAUUUUGUCAAAUAAA